AUGGGUUGGCAAGCGUGGGGAGGAAAUGGGGGCAGCCAGCCAUGUGUUGUGAUUGCACCAUCUCUUCUCAUGCUCACUUCUUCCACCUCUGACACCUGGUUAUUAUAUCCUUCCUUGCCUUCCUCAUCAGCACCAGAAUUUCUUUCAAUAUUCAGUAAAUCCACUUUAACUCAAAUCCCACUACAUGCUACGAAGCCCGCAAAUCCCACAACCAGACCAAAAAAACGCCGCAAAUUCACCAAAACCCCGCCAAUUACGCAGCUUGUCCGUGGCUACCAUUUCUUCUACUACUUCCCAGCUUUAAAUCCUUCAAAAAACACUUCACAGUUGACAUUUCAGACAUCCAACGCAGAGUCAAAACCUCCUCUUUUUUUCCCACCACAGCAAAAGAACAUCGAAGAGACAUGGGUGGCCACGAAGAAGAGGCAGGAGGCGAGGAGUACUCGUUCAAGAUUGUGCUGGUCGGCGGCUCGGCCGUGGGAAAAUCAAACCUUUUGUCACUUUUCGCUAGGAACGAGUUCGAUAACAACUCAAAGGCAACCAUUGGAGUAUAGUUCCAGACCCAAUGUGUGGAAGUUGAUGGGAAAGAGGUUAAAGCACAGAUCUGGGACACUGCUGGUCAAGAAAGGUUUCGAGCUGUCACUUCUGCUUACUAUAGAGGCGCUGUUGGUGCUCUUAUUGUUUAUGAUAUCAGUAGGCGGACUAGCUUUGACAGCAUUAAACGUUGGCUCGACGAGCUUACCACUCAUUGUGAUACGACUGUGACAAGAAUGCUGGUAGGCAAUAAAUGUGAUUUGGAGAACAUAAGAGACGUAAGCGUGGAAGAAGGCAAGAUCCUUGCUGAAGAAGAAGGCAUGUUCUUCAUGGAGACAUCAGCCCUCG